AACAAAUUUUUGCUGUGUUCACAUCAUGGAUAAAUACAGUGUAAUACGAAACUAAAUCUCCUCACAUAAUGGAAGUAGAACUUGGCUCUGGAAGAACUUUCACUUUAUUUCUGAAUAAAACGAGAACUUAAAGAAGGAACAAAAUGGAUUCAGUAGAAAACAAUGAUUUGUGCUUGCCAGAGCCUUUACUUUUUUUAAAAAAAGAAGCAAGAAAACCCCAGCAAUAGCACAAUAUACAAAUCUCCAUUUUGUUCAAUUUAUUCUACAAGUGUAUGUUUAGUUUCUGUUAAGUAUUGGGAUGGCUAAAUUGAGCAGGGCGAGCUGGAAUCCACUCUUCACCGCAAGAAACUUUGACGUUCGCGGCAGUGCAUCCCAGCUGCAAGAGCGCUGAGCAGCGACAUGUGAACGAUCACGUAUACGGAAAUUACCGAUAGAUGCCGAACGAGUUGCAGUCGCCAUUUUACUUGGGAGUGAGCAGUGUCUAAUAAUUGUAUUUUGUGGCUGAAAUAUUAUCUUACGACAAGUGGCAAUAUUUAUGCGGGCAAACUACAAAUGGCUUGCCUCGUUACAUUAAAACAAGAAAUUAAGACAUUAGAGACAGUUUUUCCGAAAAACCAUGAGAGAUUUCAGAUAGUGUCAGCAAGUGUAGACGAAUUGAACUGCAGAUUCGUGGGGAAAAAUGGAAAGAAAUACGAAAUUCAUGCGAACAUUACUGAAACAUACCCUUCAACACCACCAGUGUGGUUUGCUGAAUCUGAAGAAACCAGCGUAACAAAUGCUGUUCAGAUUCUCAGCAAUACUUCAGGCAGAGAUAAUCACGUGUUGAAUCAGGUGAGCAUAUUAUUGAGGGAGCUAUGUCGCCUUCAUUGUAUCCCAGAACCAGCAGACAUUGCUUUGCUCACUAUGCCAAGUCCACCUGGUUGUUAUCGCCUACCUGAACGUUUAGAGGAAGAACGAGACAUGGAAGAUGACGAUGAUGAAGAAGAAGAGGAGGGCGAAGAAGAUCUGCAUCUUGAAAUGGACGAAGGAGAAAAUGUAUCCAAGAACAAAACUGAUGAAAUGGAUACUGAGCAUUUGGCAACAUUGGAAAGACUUCGUCAAAACCAGAGACAAGACUAUUUGAAAGGCUCUGUUUCUGGAUCUGUCCAAGCCACUGAUCGUCUAAUGAAGGAAUUAAGAGAUAUUUAUCGGUCUGAUAGUUUCAAAAAAGGCAUGUACAGCAUUGAACUAGUAAACGAUAGUUUAUAUGAAUGGAAUAUACGCCUCAUGAGCGUGGAUCCUGAUUCACCAUUGCAUAAUGACCUAGUUCUGCUCAAAGAGAAGGAAGGCAAAGACAGCAUUCUUCUCAAUAUGACUUUUAAGGAAACCUAUCCUUUUGAACCACCAUUUGUACGUGUGGUUCAUCCCAUAAUAUCAGGUGGCUAUGUGUUAGUUGGAGGUGCCAUCUGUAUGGAAUUACUCACCAAACAGGGCUGGAGCUCGGCUUACACUGUUGAAGCUGUAAUAAUGCAGAUUGCAGCCACUCUUGUGAAGGGCAAGGCACGCAUCCAGUUUGGGGCUGCCAAGAGCCAGUACAGUUUGGCACGAGCUCAGCAGUCUUUCAAGUCCCUGGUGCAAAUUCAUGAGAAAAAUGGUUGGUUCACUCCACCAAAGGAAGAUGGCUAAGUUCUUCCAGCCUUUUGGCAGGCCUGACACACGAGCCUAGAGACUGAGGAGCUUCGUGACGCUAAUGCGGGUUCCAUUCAUCAAAAUCUGUUCUUUUUUUUUUCCCUUUUUUUUCUUUUAUUUUUUUUAAAAAAAGACGAGAAACUUAUGCUAAGAAGUGGAUGUUCUGUGUGUCUGGACCAUGCUACAAGUGUGUUAGUUUUGUUGACGUUAAGUUAUAUAAGAAGCAAUGUUUCUAGCUUCGUGUUUAAGGCAGUACGUCGCACACAAGACAUUUAUUUAAAUGUGGUGAUUUUGUUAGGGAAAUGUAUAAUAAACAGUUCGGAAAGUGACAUAUUUCUGUCAUCAUAGCAUUUCUUUUACUUUCCUUUUACUUUGUGUUGUUGAUGAAAGGGACAAUGUAACUUAGGUUGUCCUGUGUCAUCUUCAUUGUAAAAAUGUUAAUAAGCAUUCUUAUUUGGUAUGUGGAAAAAAUUUUAAGGAUACUCUAUCUUCUCUCUGAAGUUAUGAAGACAUAAUGUAGAAGGACAAUACAACUUUUUUUAGCAGGGAAGAGGUGAAGUUUCUGUAACAUUGAUCCUGUCAAGACAUUCCAAAAGUCUAAAUGGCAGCAAGUGUGUUGGAUGUUUCAACGUGGAGCUGAAAAAUAUUUUGCAUAAGUUUUCAUCGAAUUGAAAUAUAUUUCUGCUAUCAAGUUAUGAUCCAGACAAAGACCGAUAAAAUUGAAAGUGGCACUUAUUGUUUUAUUAACUAAAAAGAAUUUGUUAGUGAAUUUGUGGAUGUGGUGAGUGCAUUUUUCCCUUACACGCUAUCUAAUAAAUUUUUUUUGUUAAAUUAGCUACUUGUAAACUGCAAAACUGUUAGACGUUGGGUCACAAACAAUUAAAAAUGUCCCUAAUGUUAACAAAUUACUACAACUCUGCAAGUGCAGUUAAACAAGAACCAAAAAAGAAGAUGUAUAUUGUGCACUUUUUUGUUUCAUAAUUACAAUGUCAUGUAUGAAACUUUCUAUGAGCCAGGUAUGUGGUUCUUUUGAGUCUUUGGAAAAAAAGGUCUAGAAUGUAAACUAGCAGAAUAUACACCUACUUUCUGCAAACAAAAAAAAAAAAAGUGAAGUAGUUGUAAGUUGCUUUGUAAAAUUGCAAUUCUUCCAUUAUGUGCUCAACUGAUAAGGCAUCUGUGGAUUUGGGAUGAUUUCUAGCCAACUUAACUAGUUGACUAUGUCUUGAGAGCCAGUAUACGUCCGUUGUAGCAGUUUAAAUUUUUUAUUUUCUUUCAAUUUGCACAAUCCUUUUUUAUACAUUGUAAAAGUAGUUGGUAAAAUAAAGCUUAAUGAUUUGUUUAAAGCUUUAGUUUCCACCGUUACUGAUGGGAGGAAUAAAUCUGUUAUGUGCUGAAGAAAGCUCAUUAUCUGUAGUUUCAUUAAUGUGGUAUGUGCUGUGUGUGUAUAAUACUAAGCCUCAUUUAUUCAUAUUUCUUAAUACUUAUGCUCGACCAAAAGCUGGAAUAUAAAUGAUUCAUGUUUGCAGUGAUCAGCUUAGAUUAUUCUAAAAUAAUUUGGAAUUCAACAGUGUAGCAUGCCUAAUCACAAUACGGUGUGCUUUUUCAGUGAAAAUAAUGAUCACUGAAAGAGUUUUAAAUUUUCUGGCAGGUCAGGGACUCGCAAUGAUGAUCUGUUUAAUCCAUAAUAUAUGUUAUAAUCUUGCAACACAAAAUCAGACCAACAUACUGUUUCAUUUUCUGUAUUGUUUAUACUUUAAAAGUAGUGUCGGAAAAUAAAGAUUUUUAGAAUAAUUUUGAAGGUGACUGUGUUUUAGAAAAGUGUGAUGCCUGCUUCCACAAGCUAAUGAGUCUUGAGUAAUCAAUGCAAGAACUUGUCUGCAAGUUCUACUUCUAGAUUUGCUCUCUGCCUUUGACAACAUAAAACAAUGUCGAUUUAUAUUUACUAGUAAUGCAAUAUCAAAUCUAAGGAAAGCAAAAAUAUUCUUGUGGAGUAUCCAGUGUAGAAUGAAAAGAGUAACAUUCUUGAAUGAACAUUACUGGUGAAUUUUCAACAGCCUAGAAUUAUAAUUUUGAGGAAAGAUAAGUUGGUAAUUCAUUUUGCUGUCCUUCACACUUCAGCAAAAGCAAUUUUGUAAUAGUUAUGUAGAUAACUACAUAAAAUAGUAUUAAAUUUCACUUAAAAGUUAUAAUCGAAUGCUAUGCAAUGUAAUGUCUCAAAAUAUAAUUCUAGGCUUCAUUAAUCUUCUCUCAGCAUUGUUUUAGUCAAAGUACAUUCUUUUGAUCAAGUUGUAUUGGAUCUGUUUGCUGAUCUAUUUUUGAAGAAAUGGUUUGUUUUGGGGUAUUAAUGAAUGUGAAUACCCACAAUGAACAUGCUUCUGAAGUGUAUAAUCCUUUCUGAAUGAACAGACUAAACAUACGACAGACAGAUUUUUUCCAAGUAGUACUGUCUUGUCUAUGUUUCAAAUGAAAAGUAAUCCACUUGAGUUAACAUUUCAUUUUGAUUAUGUAGUAUCUGUGUGAAAUUUAAAUUAGGAAAGUUCAUUUCCAAUACUUAUUUAAUUAUUUUCAAUUCUAGGAAAAUGGGUUACACCAGUGAAGAAUAUUAUAACUCACAUUUCCAGUGAGGAUGAUAGGCAUUGUUGGAAAAAAUGUUCAUGUAGUGUUAAGUUUGGUUAAACUCAUUUGUAGGUAUUGUGUGAUCAGUUGAUUUGUUGCACUGUUGUUUGAUGUGAAUACAAUAUUAUGUUGAUCACCAAUGCUAUAUAUUGAUUGUAUAGUCAAAAAAAUUAAUUUGAAAUUGAAUUUCUGAAAUUCUGUUUUCAUAUGUAAUAUCUAUUAUUUUAGUAUAUUCUCCAUCUGCCUGGUGUCUUCCAGAUUAAUUUUCUUUGUAAAUUAAUUUGUUCUUUAAGGGUGUGUAAUUGAAAUUAUGUAACCCAAAAUUAUUAUUCUUAAAAAUGUGCUUCAGAGAAACAGUUCUGCUUAAGUAAUAAAUUUUAUAAAUCUUACCUUUUCAGGACUGCACAUUGUGUGAUAUUGGAAAAUAUCUUGAAUUAACUAAAAUCAUUGCAGUGUAAUGUGCCAAUCACAGCAUUUAGUGUAGAAAUUCAUCAGUGAAUGUCUGAUGUAUUCAGAAGGUGUAUAUUAGUAGUAUCAGAGGGGAAAUUAAUGCAACUUACGGGAAAAUUAAUUCUUGCUGUGAAGGACACUUAUUUUCUUCUUAGGUAUAUUGCAUGUGAAAACGUAUCAUAAACAAUUUUAACUUUAUUUAGUUUAGCAAGGGUUUAUGGAAAAUCUUUUAUUUGAUGUUAUUACUGUUUGUAUUAUUUAAACAUAUAUUUGUGUUUGUGAAUACUGAACACUUGUGAGUUAUCAGAAAACGCUGUAUGUUAUGCCUGACUUCACUUAAUAGUUAUUGAAUAUUGAUAAUUAUGUUUGGUGUUAGUUCAUAAGUCACCAUGAUGUUCAUAAGGAUGUUAUGAUGGUUAAAAUGGCUGUUUAGAUUUUGAUUAAUUAAUGCAUGAAAAACCCUCUGGCAACUAAUUGACAUGGGGCCAGUAUUUGUGCGUGCCAUGGUCCUUGGAAAGUUGUGUGUAAUUCCACCACUGUGUCCUAUUGCAUAGGAACAGGAAAAUAAAAACAAAUAUACCUCCUGUUGACAUUUAAAAGCACUGUCUCAUCUUUCAAAUUUGCUUAUCUCUUACACAUGACUCCUUACUGACUUAUGCUUAAGGGCAAGUAAGAUUCAAAACAUAACAAUUAAUUUUUUGCAAAAGUAUGGUGAGACAGUGUGGAAUUAUCUCACCAAUAUUAUUGCAUGACUGAGUUCCUAGUUCUGGGUAUUGCCAAAUAUUCUGGGUACACAUUAUUAGAAUUGACCCUGCAUUUUGUUCCUGUGAAGGGGAUAGAGUGGUUUUGGGGGAAAUAGAUAAUUUUUCAGAGGGUUUCUUAGGUGUUUCUAUUCUGGGUGAACAAUAUUGCACAUAAAAAGGCCGGAUAUGUUUUAGUGCUUACUGAUACAUACAUUUGUAGUUUGAGUUUGCAUUUCCAGGCUGUUAGAAACUCAGUCAUUCCCUUGGCUUCUGUGAAGUUGGUACUACCUGUGGAUAGUAGAGCCCUUCCAAUCUGGUUUUACAGGCUCAUGAGAUUCUUGUAUUUGGCUCCAACUUCUGCAAGGUCUGCAAUUACUGAUUAGUGUUCCAGUGAAUUUACUGAGCAGUAACAAUAUUUAAUAGUAACAUUGGAUCGUACAUGUUCUAGGUGACCUAUACAGGCAAUGGGAUUCAGCAGAUUCUAGCGUUUGUGUGAAUAUUUCUUGUACAUAGAUGAAUCCAUUUGAAUUCAUCUGUGAAGAAGAAGAAGAGAGAAUAAUAAAGAAAUUUGGUUUCAUCAUAGACAUUUAGAUAACUUUAGUGUUAACUUGUAUUUCACUAAUGUAAAUUACUUAAAGAAUGUCUCAAAUUCUAGAAAUAAAAGUUAACAUUGGAGCAUCUUGGUGUUUUACCAUCUUUUGUCACACAGAGGAGGACUGAAAUGAUGAAGAUCGUGAAACCUGCAGAAAAAGCAUUGUACAGAGUACUUUUUAUAUGAAUUAUCUUCUCAUAAUACAUCUCUACCAUUUGUAUAUCCAUGUUUAAAUUAUUAGAUUUGUUACUAUCUUUUAAUCGGUUUUGUGAAUAAUUUUUCAGUUUGUGAAUCAAGUGUUAGUUGACAUGUUUCACAAAUUGCAAUUUCUUUUGGAAGACUCAGGUUAUCUUCUCUCAGUUUUGUAAAUUAUGGGUUGUGUUGGCAGUGAAAUAGAAUAUAAGAAAAUCUUUUGUGUAACUCACUUCAUCCUCAUCCUGUAUCCUUCAACUUCUUUAGAAAUUUGUACCAUUAAGAGAUAGAUAAAGAAUCUUUAAAAUGUUGCAGAAGGUCAAAAUAAUGUUCCAAAAUUUUGUUUUGUUUUUAAAACAAUGCUCUCCCUUUCCCCCUCAGUAACAAGUUUCAACACUGACAUUUAAUUGCCAAUGCUCCCUUAUUGUUUUUAACAAUUGCGUCAUUAUUUUCAUAAACGCGUGAGAAUGAAAGCCUUA